GGGUCUGCAAUGCUGCAUUAGACUUGUAUUAUAGUCACUUCAUUCACCAAAACAUCACUUUUAAAACCGAAAUCAUCGCGUUAGGUGAGUGUCCGCGCUGACGGAGAAGUCCACAUGGGUCUGCUCACCAUUCUGAAAAAACUCAAGCAGAAGGAGCGGGAGAUGAGGCUGCUCAUGUUGGGCCUGGAUAACGCAGGAAAGACCACAAUCCUCAAGAAAUUCAAUGGAGAAGACGUCAGCACCAUCUCUCCAACACUAGGCUUCAACAUUAAGACACUGGAGCACCGGGGGUAUAAGUUGAACAUGUGGGACGUAGGCGGUCAGAAAUCGCUACGCUCUUAUUGGAGGAACUACUUUGAGAGCACAGAUGGGCUGGUGUGGGUGGUGGACAGUGCUGACCGACUCAGACUGGAUGACUGCAGACAGGAGCUGAGCGCACUGCUGCUGGAGGAGAGGUUAGCUGGAGCUACGUUACUCGUAUUUGCUAACAAGCAGGACCUGCCUGGAGCGCUAUCUAAAGAGGCCAUCCGAGAGGCCCUGGCUCUGGAUGACAUCAAGAGCCAUCACUGGUGCAUUCUGGGUUGCAGCGCAGUCACAGGGGACAACCUGCUGACCGGAGUCGACUGGCUGCUGGAUGACAUUGCGGCCCGGAUCUUCACUGCAGACUGAGAGGAGCUGGGUCUGGGACUCUAGGGCUGCUCAUGUUCUUCAAACAACCAGGAACUCCCUGCACCACAUAAGCACUCACUUGGCCUUUUAAAAAUAAAGACUUCCUAC